AGUUGCACAUUGGAUUCUGAGUGUUUUUUGGUCAAGAUUUUCGAAUUGCUUUCAUGAAUGCAGACCUGGAUCUUUUCAUCAAGCAGGUUGCGUCAUAACAUGUCCACCUGCCAAUAUUAUAAGUAGGUCGUUUUGCAGCUCAGGAUCACACUUGGAAGUGUGAACUGGAGCACAGGUGAUGAAGACUGAACAAAAAUUACACGAGAAAUGUGAUAGAACUAAUGAAUCAGUUUAUUCAGAGACUCCGCCAUUGGAAGUGACUCGUUUUAAGAGCGGGUGAAUGUAACGCGAUCGAUGUCAGGUAUGAAAUAAAUCUGCGAGUGGCGGUUUAAGUGCAGCGUGUCAGGGGUGUUUGUUUAACCUUCAUGGGUUUACGGACGUGUGUUCCUGGUUUCGUGCACGCAUUUACGUGCGCGUUUAGAUGGAAGAAGGGCGGUGGCCGUGAAUGAGCGAUCAAAGUGUUUUUUUUAAAAGGUUCGCGGGGGCGGAGCUUGUCUGUAUUUACACCGGGUAGCUCCGCCCUCCCGCACACAGAAAACUGUCGGUGGGCCGGUGAGGAUAUGAAACAAGUGGACAGAGAUGGAGCAGACAGGCGCGUUGUAACGAACCCACCACCCCGCUAGACGAGCGCUACCACUACGCCACCUCUUCUUAAGCUGUAGCAUCCAUCUUUUUUUUUCCUGUUUUCACCGGGUCUUCAUGGCAGCGACUCUGACGAUGAGCGGCGGCGGGCAGGAGGAUCCCUUUUACCCGCUGCAGAAGACGCCGCUGCCCGCUGGAUUCCACCUGGAGGACUCGGCGUUGUUUGGCUUGGACUGCAAGAUCUCCGAUAAAAGCGACUUCACACAGGCCAAAUGUGAGAUGGACCGGUACCUGUCUCCUCAACCACUUCCUCACCCCGACAGCCUGCAAAAGUCGCACCGAGAAGCCAUGUCUGUGAUGGACCACUUCUUUUCAGAGGAUCACAGCAGCGCUCCCUACACCCUCAACAUGAAUCUGUACCUCCCAGACGUGGCCUACCUAAGGAUGGGGUUUUGUCAGCCGCAGCAGCAGCCGCAGCGACCAGCUCAGAACCACGUCGAUCUAAUCCAAGUCAAGACCGAGUCCGCCGCCCCAUGCUACUCGCCAAACCUGCACUGCCACAACUCAUCGCCCGCAAGUAGCUGUGGCAAUCCGGGGCAAUCCCAAAGCUGUGCGCCGCUGGAGAUGCCUGGGUUGCCAGACUUUCCCAGUGUUUUUAAUCCGGCGCCAGGCAGUGGUGGUGACGAGGCGCUCCCUGACAUCUUCAUAAAGCAGGAAAUGUCAUCCCAGUUCGAGCAGCAUUCCUUGCAGCACGACGACAGCAGCGGCUCCCUGUUCCAGCUCCUGAACGCUGGCCUGGAGCAUCAUCAUGGGAGCGGGAUGGACGGCCAGCAGCAGCAGAUACAGCCCACCUCCUCAAUCCACACCCCCUUCCAUAACUUACCCGUCGUCUCCGCUUCUUCCCAAGAAAACCAGGCCCCUAAACCCACCUUCGGUGGAAUUGGCGCCGGAGCCUACGUGCAUCCGCAGACUCACUUCAUCCAGCAGCCGCUGCCCUACCUGCCCCCCUCCCCGCCCAGCUCCGAGCCCGGCAGCCCAGACAGGCAGAAGGAGCUCCUCCACACCAUGUCUCCUCCCCCAUCGUAUGCCGCCACCAUCGCCUCCAAGCUGGCAGGUGGCACCCCUGGACUGUGCCCGGAAAGCUUGACCCUCCAUCUCACCACAGGUCCCACGCCGAGCCAGACCCAAGCGGCGCCCCUUCCCCAAGCCCAGACCACAUCCCCCGCCCCUCCCACCACAGUGCCUGUCCGCUACAACCGAAGGAACAACCCCGACCUGGAGAAACGGCGGAUCCACCACUGUGAUUAUCCAGGUUGCAAGAAGGUCUACACCAAGUCAUCUCAUCUGAAAGCUCACCUCAGGACUCACACAGGUGAGAAGCCCUACAGGUGUACGUGGGACAGCUGCGACUGGCGUUUCGCCCGUUCCGACGAAUUGACGCGCCACUAUCGCAAGCACACGGGCUCCAAACCCUUCCAGUGCGUGGUCUGCUCCCGCUCCUUCUCCCGAUCGGAUCACCUGGCCUUGCACAUGAAGAGACACCAGAACUAGCAGAGCUCACACUGGUGUGUGGACACUAACAUUCAUCGCUGACACUUUUUGUUCAUGGACUCCCAAAAGACACGCGAAGGAAAGGCAGCAUUUUUUUUUCUUUUGUUCCUCCUUGGUCAAAAUUGUCCUCUUGGCACACAAAAGAGCAUUUAUCAAGUUGUUUUUAUGAUUUUCACGCGCUUAUGAGUGCUAGUCUCUCUGAGAGCCUUUUGAUAGAUGAUAAUUGCACGGUUAUGUAAUGGUCACUACAAACAAGUAGCUGUUAUUGAAGCCAUUUAUAGUGUUGACAAGUCCGUCUGUGGUAACGUGGCUUCCGUCUUAUGAUUGAGCCAGAACAUCCGUCCAUUGACCAGGUUGGCGUCUUAAAUUGCCGGGAAUGAGAUUUCAUUUCACGCCAGGCCCACCAGCUCUCAUGACACUGUUUGUAGCAACGUAGCAUCGGCUGAAAGGACCCGACAGCUUAAGGUGGCAUAACCUUUAAUACGUAUGUAAAACGCUCAUUGAAUAUCACUUGUGGUACAUUUGCUAUGAACUAUUCUAAAAGUUGCUGGUUUACAAGGAAGGAUAAGUGUAUCUAUCUUAAUAUAAGUCAUCAAUUUUCACUUGAAAAAUACAUCUCGCUGAGUUUAAUCUUUUUCAAAGCAAAUAUCAUAUUUUCUUGUCAUUUCACAUGAACUGACAUACUUACUUUAGAUCAGGCAACAUUUAGUACCCUAAACAAACCACUAGCCAGUAACUGAUCUUUGCGAAGUAUUGACUGACCAUAAUUACAUCUUAAUAAAGAAGUUGUUAGUUUAUGAAGAGUUCAUUUAUGUUCCCCCAUCUAAAGUGGUACGUCAUCCUCAGCAUCAUUCCGAUUAGGUGCUUCCACAUGGACAAACAAUUUCAUAUUUCACACGAGCUCACAGGUGUUUUUUUCUUUCUUGAAUUGAGCUAUUUUUCUAUCAAAAAUGCCAGCUACCCACUACUGAGUGACCUUUAAACUCAAGACCUGUGCAAUCAUCAAUUUUCCCUCCGAGACUGAUGGACCUGGUCCUCAUUGACACACAUUUUUUUCAAGGUAAUUUAAAGAGAAAAACAUCUUUCGUGUGCACAACUUGGAGCAAAAUGAAAAGCGUUGCUGUCUUUUUUUCGUGUUUUUUUUUCCCCCAGAGUGUAACUUAAACACUCAUUUUCCCACAGACAUGAUGUUUCGUCAGCAGCAGCUUCUUCAACUGUGGCUGAACAUUUCUGGCUGCUAAGUCAAAAGAGAAACAGUAGCCAAGUGAUCUGGUCGCUGCCCUGGCGUCUCUAAAAACCUUGUUCUUGGGAAACUAAGGAGCAACAAUGAGUGGGAGCUCCGUAGUGACUCUGCAGACUGGAAUGAAAGCACUUACCGAUCCCAAAUAGUUGAUUUUAAUGUGUCUUUGUGUUAGAAAUUUAUUUUUUCAAAAGGGAAGCUUUUGUUUGCAAAACUAGUCAAGCCAAAUCUUUGUUUACUUCUUUUUUAAUAAUUUGUUUUUAUAACUGGAAUACCAAGAUGAUUUUUUUUUCCUUUUUCUUUAACCAAAUACUUUGGUUUGCACUAGAAUCUUAUCGAUGAUGAUGAUGAUGAUGGUGAUCUGGACUGGACUGGAGUGUCUGUUUUUGGUGAGCACUACACCAAUCAUGGCUGUUCAGAUAUUAAAAAUUGAAGGCAUUCAUACUCCAGAGAGGGGGAAGAUGGCAUGAGGAAGGGAGGGGGCGAGAUGGAGGGGAAGGAUUUUUGAUUUUAGAGAGGAUGACUGAGAGCUUGGCGGAUGAUAAAGAGAAGCAAUUAGAGGAUCAAUUAUUCAGUUUGUCUUUUCUCCGAGUGGAGAAGUGUAAGCGGAACACUUAGACUGACUUUUAAGGAUUUGCUCAGAGAUGGGAGAAGAGCGAGCGCUUUUGAAGGCAGAAGACAUGUUAAAAGAAUCAUACUCUCCGGAGUUGCGGGGAGGUUUCAACCAAAGCUGCAUCACGCCGUGAGACAAGUGCCUCCUCGUCCUGGUUGUGUGGUGGAGACAAUGGUGCUGUUUUUUUUUUUGUUUUGUUUUUUUGUCAAUACAUCAAAUUGCAAAUUUCAGAUUUGUGUUUCUCUGGCUCCUCCUGGAGUGAUUGUGGUGUAUAAUCUGCCACUAAAACAGCAAAGUAAAAGGCAACAUAAUAAGUAGUCAGCUGCAAAACCUGUCACGCGUGGGUUACAUAAUUAUAGCACCAGGUUCCAUGGGGUUUUUACCAAGAGUUGCAACCUCAAAUUUGUCCAUUAAUAAGAUUCAAAGUCACAUUUAAGCAAACUGAGCUUCACUUUCCUGCUGCGUCUGUUCUCCAUCUGACCUUUUCAAUACGCUUUUCUGAACAAUGAAAAGCGUCACGUUGGAUUCCUUCUGUUGGCAGCUACUGAUGAGUGAAAACAUGUGGUUUAUCUGGAAGUGAGGUGCACUGACAGUGAUGGUGAAAACAACAGCCUCCCUCUUCUCAACGCACAUGCUGAAAACUAGAAAUUGAGAUCUAAUAUUUGCAGACUUCUAGACCUCGGAUUCUGUCACAUUCUUUCUAUACACGAUAGAUCUAUGCUGAUGCGUUGUCUCGUUCAUCACCUGCUGCGCUGUGCUUGGUGCUCCACUUCCCUCACACACACUUCUUAAACCUGAUGCGCCUCUAACCUGACCACGCACCUUCAGACUGUCAGCGCCACAGAGCUAACAGAGCAAACGUGACGUCUCACUUCAAAACUUUAUUGACACUUGUAAACUAUCAAAGUUUGCUUCAUGCUUUAAGAGUUGGCCACUGUCUAAAUGUAGAACCAAAUGAAUGCGCUCCAAAAUGUGAAGAGAUGAAGAAUGUUGUUAUGAAGCUGUGGCAAAGAAUCUUAAGUAAGUUUUUUAAACAUAAAUAAAUAGAUAAAUAAACCAUGAUAUAAUUUUGCCAUAAUGCCCACCCCUUUCUGGAAACUUUUUUUUUUUUUUUUCAUUUUCUGCAAUUUGUUAACUGAAAAUAUCAUACCAAAAUAGUCGAGUGUCAGUAGCUACAAUUUUCACACGAUUUUCUUCAGGACUUUCAAUGAAGCUCAAUUGCACGUUGCCCCAGGUUCCUUUGGUGGAGAGCCCUGGAAUUUUUCAAUGGACAAAGUGUGCCGUGGCUUAAGAAGGGUUGAAAAACACUGAUCUAGACUUGUGACUAGGUAUGGUUGUUUUUCAAUUGCUGUGACUGGCUAUAUUUUGUAGCGAUGCCAAGUGAACUUGAAUUUCGUUUUUUAUGGUCACCAAAAUCUAAAUUAAAACACCAAACUGAGGUGGUGGCGCUCGUGAGGCCCCUCAAAGAUGUAUUACAUCUGUCGCAUCCGAAGAAGAAAAUUCUGUUUUGAAUCCCAGCUACUUCACUAAGCAGUUCUUUUUUCCCUGGGGUUUGAAGUUGCAGCUCUAGAUGACAGAGCCAGGAAAUAAUUGGAGCCCAAAAACAAUCAUUGUCUAUUUGCUUGACAGGGAUGUGCGUUCUAUGACUUAAUCAUAGCUCAGACUGAAAGAAUAACAGUAUCAUAAAACGUAUUUGCAAUUCUCAAGCAAGUUUUUUUUUUUUUUUUUUUUGAACGCUGUAACAGUUUGGUCCGUCUAGCUGAGUUGGAUGUUGUGGUCAGAAAAGGGUAGGUGCUGAAUGCGUUGCCUUGACAACAGACAGGUUUGAAAAUGACAUGUUUGAACCACCCUCCAUUGUUCUAGCAAUACAUAUUAAUAACUGAACUCAGUCCUCUGUCACGCCCCAAUUUGAACUUCCUGUAGCGUCUUAGCCGACUCCAUGGCAGGUAGCGUCUAAAGGAAAUAUAGCACUGUAAUGUAUCACCAUGACUAUUUAUUUGAUUGUGUACACGUGGGGGUGGUACCAGAUCCGCCGUCUUUCACCCCAGCAAAACUAAAAAAUGCCUUAAUGUAAAUAUAUGCACUGUAAAUACAAUUUGCUCCUCUUUUGUUAUUAGCUUUUUUGUAAACAAACGGGCGAGAAAAAGUAAUGCCCUGCCUCCAAAAACUAUUUUUGUUUGUUUUCUUGUCAAAUAUAUUUUAAUGCAAUUGUUUUGUAUGAUGUCCUUCCAGCGACUUAUUUUGUAGAUUUUUUUUUUCCAAGUGGUAAACGUUCCAAAGACAAAAGUUGUUUUUCUCCAACUGAGUGAAGCCGAAUAAAGUCAGCUGACACAUUCUGUUGAUGUCCAGUGGUUUUGAUUGACUGCUGCUCGUGACGGGGGAGGAUUGUUUGGAUUCGAAAGUGCUGCGUUUACAUAUGUUUUACUGUUGUUAAUCACUAACCGCUGUUGUAGUGUGUGGAAGCUGCGUUACAGGCGCCAUCGUGACGAAUAGUAAUUAGACAUAAUGACACUUAAUCUGGACGGGUGUGGACAUUAAAAAAAAAAAA